AUAAUCCAGACAGGAGGUGCGUUUAGUUACAGCACAGCCUUUCAUUGAUGGUGAGGAGAGAGAUAGCUGUGUUUUAAACUUUUUUAUUUUUCCCUCCUCGCAGUUCACGGUCUCCUGAGUGCUCGCAGACUUAAAGUUUUAAAAGUGACAUACUAACAAGCUUGUGUUGGGAUGGUUUCUUCCUUUUGGAGACGUUAUUAAUGGGAUUUCUCUCUCUCUUGCAUCACCUGAGGACAGUUGGACAGUGAGCCGUAGGGCGUCUGGAGGCUGGAUGGACAACAUGUCUCCACAGCAGCAACAGGACAGCCUCUGCCGAGGCGGUGGACAGCAAGAAAACAAACGGCGGAUGAAGUCUCAGAGUUGUCGGCGCCAGUCCGCCCCGUCUCUGGUCAUCACCAAGGCUCUCAUCAGGUCCAAAACUCUCUCCAGAGAGAGCUUCCUGGUUCCUGUGUGCCCAGAGACCUGCUCAUUGGUCAAGUCCUUCCUCACUGGCUCUGAUAGGUCGUUUCUUCUCCAUGGACAUGCUCAGUUGAAGACCGGGAUGCAGACUCAGGACAGACACCUGUUCCUGUUCAGCGACAUACUGGUGAUCGCCAAAGCCAAAUCAGCCAAUCACUUCAAGCAGAAGGCCCAGGUGUGUGUGUGUGAGAUGUGGACAGCAGGCUGCAUGGACGAGGUGUGUGAGGGAAGCACGAACCCAGAGAGGAGCUUUGUUAUGGGAUGGCCCACCUGUAACUGUGUCGCUAUGUUUAGCUCAGCAGAGCAGAAAGAGAGAUGGCUCUCCCUCCUCAAAAGUCGCAUUAAAGAAGAGAAAGAGAAGGAAGAACCUAAAACCAUUCCUCUGAGAGUGUACGGGAAGGGAAUCAAUACUUUUGCUGUUACCAAGACGCUCCCGGUCAGCAACUCUGAUUCAACCAAUGAGGUGGUCCGACUGGCCCUGCAGCAGUUCAGCAUCAUAGGAAAUGUGAAAGACUUCCAGCUGUGGGUCAUCUCCAAGAGGGACAACACCCCCUAUCCUCUAAUUGGUCAUGAGUUUCCUUUCAGUAUCCAGAUGAGUCAUGUGAGACACACGAUGUCUCAGGGAGGCGGCGGAGACAGACAGAGGGCCAUGCAGGUGGAGCAGAUGCAGGUGUACAAGCAGUGCCAGUUCAUAAUGAAGCCUCGAGUCGUUGAAGCGCUGCAUGUAUCUCCAGAGUGGUCUCAGAAGCCAUUUAAAAGGAGGCGUUCCCUCAUCACCUGGGCCUUCUGGCGAGGCUCCUCCUCUCACCUGAAUGAACUGUCCCUCGCCGGCGGCGCCCGCGGCUGCCUGUUCAACCGGCCACUCAGCUCCGUUUGUGUAGACGACGCUCUGCCAAAGCCAGUUAUGGACAUGAUGGUGUUUCUGUACCACGAGGGUUCAUGGACGCGGGGGAUCUUCCGUCGGCCGGCGGGGGCUCGGUCUGUCAGGGAGCUACGGGAAUCUCUGGACAGUGGCGAGUUUCAACUUCCUCUGACAAGAGAGCACGUCUUUCUCAUUGCCGGAGUCUUUAAGGAUUUCCUGCGCAGCAUCCCAAGCAGCUUGUUGGGUUGUGAACUGCAUGAAGAAUGGAUAGACGUGAUGGAGGAAGAGGAGGAGGAGGAAGAACAAGUGGAGGACGUAAAGAGGAUGAUUUGUCGCCUGCCCAAAGAAAACGCCCUGCUGCUUCGCUACCUGUUGGCCAUGCUGCACGGUAUCGAGGGCAACGCCCACGAGAACCAGAUGACAAGUUUCAAUUUAUCAGUUUGCAUCGCUCCCAGCAUGCUUUGGCCUCCUGGAGUGCCUUGUAGCCCUGAGGUGGAGGGAGAAGGAACUAAGAAGGUUUGUGAGCUGGUAAAGUUUAUGAUUGAACACUGUCAGCAGAUUCUGGGAGAGGAUCCCUCCUCCCUGUUUGGAGGGCAGCCACACAGACUCAACACUGACGAGAUGGGAUCAGACUCGUGGCUGUACCCUCAUACAGACUCAUCCUACGACAGUCUAGAGAACGAGUUGGACAACAUCAGCGGGGGCUCACCGGGCUUCUGUAGCAGAAGGCACACCAGACCCAAACCGCUACAAGGCAGCCUGGACUCCAUCCUCACAUUCAGCGACUACGACCCAGACACAGACCCAGACUUGCACCAGACCCAAACUGACAGCCCAGAGUGUCUGAAGUUACACCCACUGGGGAGAGCCAGAGGAAGGAGACAGGACGCACUGACUGUAGACACCUCCACCCUGGACUCGCUGUCCCUAGAUGGUCGGCACACACAGCGGCGGCGCUCAGAGCCGGCUAUAGCAUAUGUGGCCAAGUUCCGGCCGUGGGUUUCAGGGAGUACUGAUGGUCUCUCUGGCGAGGAUGAAGAUGAUGAAGAAGAAGAGCUCUCCAAGAAGCCGAGCAGCCACACACUCACUCGCACACACUCCAGAGUUCAGACCAGGAGGGGUGGAGGUGAGCCCGCAUUAACCCUGCAUGGAGCUCAGGAAGUAAGCUCCCCCAGCCUCUCCUCCACCGCCACCUCCCCUGCACAAACCCGCUCCUCCCUGGACUCCUUGGACUCCCUGCACUCCCUCAGCAGUGACCACACCUGGGCGACCAGACGGGGGCUGCAGCCAGCCAAGGCACAUCUGCCCUCCAGCGCGCCCCCUUUACCUGUUCCCUCUUCUGUCCCCUCCACAGCUCUAACCAUUAGCUCUGCUCUGACCUCUGGUGGACAUCCAGACCUGGAGACUUGUCCAAAAGGCUCCCCACCCAAAGAAGCACUCAACUGGGGGACCCUAAAAGGCUGCAGGGGCCUACACCCAAACUCUUGGCUGAAGAAAGGCCGGAGGCUGUCACUAACCCAACAAGACAACUUGGAGAAAGAAGAAGAGGACAAGACUGGGGGAGAUCCUACUGAUAAGUCGCUCCAACUUGGGAAACCUGUCCCAGUGAAAGGAAAAGCAUGCGAACGGGGGGGGGCAAAACUGAUCUGCAGCCAACAGAAGCCCAAAACCAUCAGCAGAGCCUCGAAAGAUGCAGCAGGAGGAGGAGGAGGAGGAGGGGGGAGCCAUGUAAAGGGGAGGCCUGGCCCGGACUCCCACAAGCCCCGUCAUCCUAACCAGGACUCAUCCAGCCCCCCUUCCCACCACCGCUCUACAGGGAGUCUCCAAUUUCCCAAGCCCCCCUGGCUCCAUUCCUCAGACUCCCCGCUCAACAGCACCCAUGGCCAUACAGGAGGUGACAGCACCCACCACAGCGGCGCAGCUGAAAGGGAAGCCAACGAGCUGAAGCAGCCUUCGCCAUCUUGUUUCUACAGGCAGAGUGGUCCGUCUCUGUCCCUGUUCAAGCAACACAAGUCCCACUCCGUGGACGAGGGAUGCGACGCCCGGCUCUACAAGCGCCGGGGAUCAGAGCCCGGACACCAGGUCGUGGACCGGGCCUCCACCCUGACACGGGCCAGGCUGCCCAGCGACCCGGGACUGAAGGUCUCGGAGGUGGAUUCACAGGGAGGGACACCAGAGGCCCGGUUCUGUCUCUCCCCCUUUGCCACCAAAGCAGUGAGGGAUUACUUCUCCUCUCACCCGCGCAGUAACCCCCAGAGCAGCCAGCAGGUGACGCUCGCUCUGCUGGAGAGUCGCAAGGAAUGGCUGAAGAGGUGCAGCGAUCCCGCAGCAGAACCAGACUUUGACCAGCUUCUGUUUGCUGAAGAAUCUUAUGUCUGAUUAGGACUGGAGCAGAACUGGGUUAGAUGAAUACAACAAGACAAAUCACUUAACUUAAACACACACUAGAAAAGACAAACUAAAUGGUUAUUAUACUCAGCACCUUAAAUGCAUGACUGCUUUUUAGUGUUUCGUUAGACUCUUAACGCAUUGACCUCUACCGUCCGAUACAUUUUGCCUGAGUCUGUGACAGGACUUAAAAUUGUAUUAAUCUGCUUUGGUAGAAAAACUAGCUUUCAAGCAAAACCAGCUACAUUUUAAACUAAGCUUAUUGCCAUUAAGGGAAUGUAUACAUUUUUGCUUGAAUGUCCUCAAUGCUGGAGUUACACUUGCAGAUGCACAAAUACUAUUGAAAAAUGUUUAGAACAGUCUAAACUGAUGGAUUGUUUUUGUAUCAAAUGCAUAAUGAAACUAAGUUGUGUCCAGUCCAUGGGCUUUUUUUUUUUUAGAAGAAUGUAACUUUGUAACUUGUUUUUAUUUUGAACUAAAUCAGGCCAAAGUUAAAACCUGCCAAUUUAAACUACCUGGUGUUGCCUUCUUUUACCACGAACAAGUAAAAUCUCUCACUAAUGAUUCAUCAUUGGAUUUUCUGCUGCAUUAUGUUUGGACAUUUAAAUCUAUUAGGUACCAUUAAUGAAUGGUUAAUGACUAUACUGAGUUUAUUAUAAAGUAAACCCUUUAAAGAGCCGGCCUACACAACUUUUAACAUUAUGUGAGCAUCACUGAUUUCCUGCAUCAGCACUUAUUUAAAAUGAUUUGAUUUCAAAUUAAAAGUUUAACCACAAUAGUUGCAUUUAAACAUAAUUAGUAGGAGACAUUAUGGGAUUUAAUAAGUUUUUUUUUUUUUUUACACCAAAUCAGUGUACCGCUAUAGCUUAUAUAACGGCUAAUACAAUCAUGGUUAUAGUUUUGAUUCAGAAGCAUCACUUCGUGUUACUGUUGGUAUCUUAACUUUAACAAAUAGGUUCCAAAUUUACACAAGACUUGGAGAUUAAGGUCAUGUGAUUUAGUGGGAAAUCUGAACUGCCUCUUAUUAUUGAACAACUCCUUUUUUAGGUGACACCGAUUAGGUUUUUCUGUCUGCAGUGAGUCUUUGCUCUUUAAAUAUUUGGUCAUUACAUUUGGCAUACACUGUUCUAAAAGUCUUUUUUUUUUUUUUUUUUUAACACUAUACACAUUUCAAACGCUUCUCAGCAUUAGCACACGUGACAUAUGAAAGGUCGUGUUCCAGCACAUACAGCAGUACAUACACGCAGUAGAACAAUUUGUAGGUAUGAUCCUUGAUUUUCUAUUUGUUGCCAACAAUGUGGUUUUCACACAUGCCUGUAUUGAUUUGAAUUAAUCAAAUGUGUCCUGUCGCAAUGUUUCUAUUAUGUAAAUAUGACCCCCCAAGGAUGUUUUUCAAGCUUUAUAUUUUAUGCAGCUCAAAAUGUUGUUUAAAUAGGCCAUAAGACUGUUGCUUUAUUAUAUUGUCUAUGCCUCCUUUCUAUAUACAUGUAUUCAUACGCUGUGUUAACAAGCCUAAAAGAACCUGCAUUUGCAAAUAAAAUGACCUGAUUAA